AUGAACCUCCUCACCCAGGUGAGCAGCUCCAGGCAGGUGGUGGCCGGGGUGGCAAGCACGGUGACAUUCUUUCUCUGCGAGGGGCUGCUGGGCCAGCACUUCGAUGUGGUCCCUGAUGGGGUGGCCGAGCCCCAGCCUGGGGAUCUCUUCCUCUUCCCGCUGGCCUCGGGGGGCCCCAGCUGGUGGGGCGCCCAUGCUGGUGUCUACUGUGGUGAUGGGGAGAUCAUCCACCUGGAAGGCAGCUCGGGGAUGUCCCCAUUGGGGAUUGUGGCCAAGCAUGGCAAGAGCCACCUCCUGCGGACACGGGGCCCAGCCAAGGUGCUGCGGAGGAAGGGAGGGCUGGAUGCAGCUGCCCUGCAGCAGCGGAUCCGGGCAGCCAUGGACCAGGCAGUGGAGUACGACGCUGUCACCUGCAACUGUGUCCACUUUGCCCUCACCCUGCUGGGGCUGGGCCAGCUCGACAGUGCCACACCAGCUGCCACCACCAUGCCUUUCUCCACCUCUCAUGUGUAUCAGGAAGGAUUUGUGAACAUUUUGAGCAACAGUGGUCGGAUCAGCAAGGAAGGCUUCAAAGCCAUGAAAAAGGAGAGGAAGAAAUGCCAGAUUUACCAGAAAAAAGGCGGGAUCAAUCUCAAUGACUUCCAUAGUAAAGUCAGGGAGGCGAUGAACAGCAAAGCCAAGUAUCACUUGGGCAAAAACAACUGCAUCCACUUUGCCCUCUAUCUCCUGGGCUUGAUGGACUUCUACAUGCAACUGGUGGAAAUCCAAAAUGGAGGUGGCAGCUACGGCA